AUGGAGGAUCCUUUGGAGGUCGAGCACGACGUUGAUUAUCCGGAUGGUUCGGGACUGGUGGAAACCAUACCUGUGGAAAAGGACGAGGACGUUUGCAAGCUGUUGGAAGCAUGCAAGAGGCGUGUCUGCCGUGUGAUGGAAGCCUGUGGUCUCGGAGGAAGCGUAGGAACGAAAGAAUCGGUCUCCGACUCUGACAAUAAUGUUGACCCACAGCGACAUUCCUUCUGGCACAGCGGGAUCAACACGGCGACGGUUCCGCCGGGGAGCGAGCCGGCUACGGAGGGGGAGGCAACCCCCUCGGUCCUCGACCGACUCUUCACGGGGCAGACCAAGGGCCUCAAGGGCGACGGCGCGGGGAUGGACAUUCGCGUCUUCCCGCCCAAAGCGCGCGAUACCCGAUUCGAGCGGAGCAUGGGUGACGCUCUCAGACAACAGAACGAAAAGCUGGAAAUGCAAGAGACAGAGGCCAACAAUCUUGACCGUAACGCGGUGGCGACGGGAGUGGCGUCGUUCCUUGAGGAUGCGCUCAACAGCAAGUCUGCCAACAAGCACUUGAGGCGGGCCAACAUGCUCGUGAUGGGCAAACAGGGUAAGCGCGCUGGGUUCGGGCUAGUGAUGGAUGAUGUACUGAGCGGUGCCGAUAUCGACAUCUACGGCCUCGCGGACGCAACGAGGAGGCGAGCCAACGGCAUGGAGAAGGUUUCGACCGCGGACCGAGCCAUUCUUAGUCGCGCAGAUUUGUCCUCAGCCGUACGAGGGAGGCCAGACUUGAAGGCGAGCUCGCAAGCAACGUCUGCCCGGCGGAAGCAGGAGGGCCGAAAAAAGGCUUUGAUGAAGAAACGGGUCGCCCAGACGGCGCGAGCUUUGGGUAAUAGCUGA